CUUCCUGGCAUGUUUUUCUUCAGAUGGCCCAAGAAACAGCAAGCCGGUGGGAAGCCGCACCACGUUUGAGAUCCUUGGCCUUCCUUUUCCCAAGAAAGCAGAUCCAAGUGUCGGAGAAAUAAUUGAAACGGAAGAACAUCAGCGAAAGAAAUAUUAACUCCCAUUAAGUGGCGGAUGAUGUCUGCUUUGCUUACAGCGGUGGGUCUUCAGAAGGCAUCCCCUCUACCACAUAAAGAGCAACAAGACUACCAUUCCCCAGAAGCAUUGCGGCAGCUUCCUCCCAGGAAGCAUUAUAACAGGAAACAAGGCCUAGAAGAAAGCCUUGUCUUUAUCCAGAUGGCCCAUGGACAACAUGAUUGUAAUGAUGACAGCUGGAGAUGUUGAAGCUAAAAGCACCAUGAAGAAUCACAAUCCAUCUGGGAAGAAGCCAGCAAGAACUUCUGCUCCUUCCCGAUGGCAUAGGGGCAGGUUUCGGCGAAAAGUGCCCUCCGAAGUGACUGUGAAGGGGCAGCUCCGGAUGCGAUCACCCUCAGGAGCUUUUGUGAUGGUGGGUGUCUCAGUGGUCCUGGUGGGCAUGACCAUUGCUGUCAUUGGGUACUGGCCUCACCGUACAAGAUCUGGAGGUAGCAGGCUGGGGAACUCCAAUGCCACAGAUGAGAUCAAGAAGGAAGUGAAAGUUUCCUCCCACCCCAUUCCUCACAGCGAGAAGCUGAAGCUGGUUGGGCCUGUUAUUAUGGGCAUUGGGUUGUUCAUCUUCAUCUGUGCCAACACCAUGUUGUAUGAGAACAGAGAUAUGGAGACCCGCUUGCUGAUGCAAAGGGAACUCUAUUCCAUGAGCCUGAGUGUCCCUCAAGACACAGGCCAAGCAAGCAGUUACUUUCAGAGGAAGCCGAGCCCAUCUACCGUCCAGGCCAACGCAGAAUGUGUAGAAGGAUGUUACGAGGUGGAUCUCUCUUCCGGUGGGUUCCUGUCCUGUUCCUGCCCUGUAAAGAAGUGGAGCAACAGUUACAGCUCAGAUAAACUCCAGACUGCCACCCAGCUUCUUCAUCACAAAAGUGUGUCACCUUCCCUCUCACUCUUGAGUGUCCACUCGGAGGUUGGCCACUCCAUGCCAGAAAAUCUUGGCCUCUCCUUUGCCCAUGGAGAUGAAUCGGUCAUCUCCACAGCUGUCAACACCCUCUCACUGCCUCUUAUUAAGCUCAAUAACCGUCUGUUUGAAAAACAGGGCAUUUCUCAGGUAAUUGUCCAGGAAGGCACUUGUGUUAGAUUGCCAGAAGAGAGGGAAGAGAUACUAAGGCUUUCGUGGACUCUUCUACCCGGAGGCAGCAGUGUGGCUCCCCUAAAAGAUGAACCCAAGGGCAAUCAUAUAGCUAUUGAUAUGGAUACAGAGUCUUCCUCAGCCACUUCCCUUGAGAAGCUCUUGCAUCCUAUAAAUGUAAAGAGGGAGUUCAGUUCAGGCACUGAAAUCUCUACUUCAGGUCACUCCAAGUCUUUGGAUCUUGGCCAGCCAGGAGUGGUGCUCGUGGCACCUGUCAAAGAAAGGAAGCACAGGAGUUGGCCGAGACUUGACCACAUGGGUUUAAUCAACUGUGCAAAACUGGAAAGCAAAGGAGAAUCUUCCGAUAGGCUUUUGGAACUAACACGAGAGCCUCUCGGCGAGAAGAGCAAACAAUCAUCCAGGGAAGUGGUCAUGGAUAUAGGUUCUGGAGUCUGAUUCCAUGUCAGAGGGAUUGUGGAUGCGGUUGUUGUUCCUUUCUUUUUAUUUUGCUGCAUCACACUGGGCAUUUCCAAGCAUGGAUCUGUGUCUUAUGACUUUGCAGUAGCAGCUGUUUAGUCAGCCAGCUAGUACUUGGACCCCAAACUGGGCUACGGAAGCAUAGCACAUCGGAUGCUGCUCAAUGGAUUGAUUGCUCAAGGUCCCAUUCCUUCCUUGCCUUAUGAGAUCUGUCUUCAACCCAACCCACUCAGUGUACGUGGGAGAAUCUGUGUUUUGAAAUGGAAAUUGAUUACAGAUUUAGUAAGUUGGAGUGGGGGAACUGCUGCUCCUCAUCCAGACUUCCCUCUCCACUCUGUCCUCAUCUGAAGCAGAGCUUGACAGAGUUAUCUUGUUUUGGAUUACAACUUCCAGAACUGCCGGACCCGGGCAGGGCAAGCUAAAUAGAGGACUUGGGAGUUUUUAUCCAAAGAAAUAACUCUGCCGAGCUCUCUUUCAAAAACUCAUUUGUAAGAACCCCAGGGAAACGUUAGGUGGAACUACUAGGGUUCUAAAAUGAUAAACUGGUGCCUCCUAAAGUCAUAGAGAUGUGGUUUUAAAUGUUAUGAGAUUAUAGUUUUAUACUCAGAAGCUUCUUUCUAAGCUCUUUUGGGAGCCAAGCAGCAAUCCCUACUUAUGGUCUUUUAUCCUCAGGUAGAAGAGCAAGGUUUUUAAAAAAAGAAUCGUACACUUUAAUUGCGAAUCUCAUUUUCAAGUUCAUCAUUUGCAAGUUCUCUCCCCUGCCCAACUUUAGAGACUCAUUGGGUUUUUUGCAGUAAAACAAGCUUAUUAGCAACAAUGGUUGUGUCACUGUUGUGAAGAUCUUGAGUCAAUAAUCAUGCCUUAAUUAUAAUUUGGAACUAAUUUUUCCCCAAGGGAAGUUUCCCAGUUGACUGCAUCUGGUCUCAUCUCUUUAGAAAACACAAUUCCUUUUAAGAAUGGGAAUAAUUGGAUGCCAUCAUGUAGUUUCCAACUUACAGCAACACGUUCCAAGGUUUUCUAGGCAGAGAAUUCAUAGAAGUGGUUUACCAUCCCCUUC